AUGAGCUCCCAGGAUAAGAUUCAUUUCGGCCCUUUUGAGGUUACUAGCCAGGUCUUCUACAAGACAGCUCACUCCUUCGCCCUCGUCAAUCUGAAGCCCCUACUGCCGGGCCAUGUUCUCAUCUGCCCGCUUACGCCUCACAAGCGCCUGACAGACCUCCCGCCCACCGAAGUAACGGACCUUUUCACCACGACACAGCUCGUGCAGAAGAUGCUUGCGCGCAAGUACUUCCCGGCAUCAUCGGAGGGGCCGGCGGAGCCAGAGGCGGGCUCGUUCAACAUCGCAGUCCAGGACGGCGCCGAAGCGGGGCAGACGGUCUCGCACGUCCAUGUGCACAUCAUUCCCCGCAUACGCGGCGAGACGGCCAAGGAUGACUCUGGGCCGCGGGAUGAGAUCUACGAGCAGAUGUCCAGCGAGGAAGGGAAUAUUGGCGGCGCGCUGUGGGAUGCCGCGCUGGGGAAGAGGCCCGAGGCCGGAGGAGGCAAGUUUGCGAGAAUUGAGGAUGCGAUGAGGCAAGCUAGGAGUAUGGAGGAGAUGGUUGAAGAGGCGAAACUUUACCAUGGUCUAUUGAAGGAGAUGGGUGCUGUGAGUGAGAGCUGA